AUGCCUGGAGUUACGAAAAGAAAGCUUCGCGAUGACGCGACCACCGCGACUGGUGCGUCAAAGAAAGCGCGACCAUCGAAUGCGCCUGCGAAGAAGGUCCAGAAGAAGCCUGCACCACCGCCAGAAUCCGAAUCCAGCGAUGACGACCGAGACCCUACCGACGACGACGAAGAACGGGAAGUAGAGGGCGAUAAUGCUCCAAACGAUGAAGCCGAGCCCUCUACCAGCGCCAGCGCAGACCAACCGAAGAAGUCCUUCCGAGACCUCGGAAUUCGCGAAGAGCUCUGCGACACGGUAGAAAGCCUCAACUACAAAAACCCAACUCCGAUUCAGGAACAGGCUAUACCUCUCGCCCUCGAAGGCAGAGACGUGAUCGGGCUGGCUGAAACGGGCUCUGGAAAGACGGCCGCAUUCGUUCUACCCAUCCUUCAAUCCCUACUCGAGAAGCCUCAGCCAUUGUUCGGUCUGAUCCUGGCACCUACACGAGAAUUGGCAUACCAGAUCGCACAGCAGGUGGAUGCUCUGGGUAGCAUUAUCAACGUCAAGUGCGCGACGCUCGUAGGAGGAAUGGACAUGGUGCCUCAAGCCAUCGCCCUUUCGAAAAGGCCGCACAUUGUGGUGGCUACUCCUGGAAGAUUGCUCGAUCAUCUGGAGAACACCAAGGGCUUCUCGCUCAAGCACCUAAAGUACAUGGUACUCGAUGAAGCUGAUCGACUGCUCGACCUGGACUUUGGCCCCGUGUUGGACAAGAUUCUCAAGGUACUUCCCAGGGAGGGACGCCACACAUAUCUCUUCUCUGCCACCAUGUCUUCCAAGGUAGAGAGUCUGCAACGCGCAGCCUUACAGAACCCGGUUCGUGUGAGCAUCAGCAGCUCGUCACACCAAGUCGUCUCAACCCUACUACAACGUUACAUCUUCCUCCCGUUCAAGUGGAAGGACCUGUACCUCAUUCAUCUCCUCAACGACAACAUUGGUCACCCAACAAUCAUCUUCACACGUACAGUCAACGAGACACAGCGUAUAUCUGUUCUUCUUCGUACCCUUGGCUUCGGAGCCAUCCCGUUACACGGUCAGCUGGGUCAAUCCGCCCGUCUCGGUGCACUCAACAAGUUCAAAUCAAAGAGCCGCGACAUCCUUGUGGCCACCGAUGUAGCAGCCCGUGGUCUCGACAUCCCCGCCGUUGAUCUCGUGGUCAACUUUGAUCUUCCAAGCGACUCUCAGACCUACGUCCAUCGUGUUGGUCGAACAGCUAGAGCUGGAAAGUCUGGUAAGGCUGUCUCGUUUGUCACACAGUACGACCUUGAGAUCUGGUUGCGCAUCGAGAAUGCGCUCGGCAAGAAGAUUCCCGAGGAGGUCAUCAACAAGGAUGAGGCGAUGGUGUACGCCGAGCGUGUGGGUGAUGCGCAGAGGAUUGCCGUCAGAGAGAUGAAGGACUACCACGAACAGAGAGGCAGCAGGGGUGGACGCGGUGGUCGAGGUGGAGGAAGAGGAGGCCGUGGUGGAGGCGCCAGGAGAGGACGCGAUCAAAUGGACACAGAAGAGGGUUAA